UCCCUCUCUGGGUGGAAUGCCAUCGCCGUUCUCCCAGUCCCCUGUGUUCCGUGUCCAUUACGCUCAAUCACACGUAACUGGAGAAACAUGCACCUUUUCACUCGAGUUUUCCUUCAGAACUUGCUGCUGAUGACGGUGUGGAGCUUCGAGACCUGGAGCCCCUGGAUGCGGCGCUGGGGACCGAUCCCGACCUACAAACGCCCCCUCCGACGGGACCCCCUCCUCUUCCCCAGCCCCGAGGAGAUCCUCCGGAACUUCCACCCCGGGUUGAACCCCAACUCCUCGGUCCCGAUCAACCCGGGCCUGGUGAUCUUCUCCCCCGUGAAACCGAGCUCCCCGCCCAGGUCUUCUGCCAGCAUUGCUCACGCCGCUCCCGUCCUUCCGUAUAGGUGA